AUGCCUGCCACCGCUACCGUCCUGUACCCUGCUGGUCCCAGCUUGAACCUCGACUAUUAUCUCACCUCCCAUAUGCCCAUGGUUGUGAAGCUAUGGGGUGAAUUCGGGCUGACGGGUUACACGAUCAGCAAGCCCACUGACGGGCCAUAUCAGCUUCUAUGCGUUUUGAACUUCAACAGCCUUGAGGGGUUCCAGAAGGCUGCCAGCUCCCCUGCUGCUAAGACUGUUAUGGGCGACAUCACCAACUAUACUACUGCGGAGGCUGUCAUCUCUUUCGGAGAAGUUGUUGGCAGCGGGUGA